AUGGCAGAUCAAACAAAUCUUGAAUCUACUAAUGAAAAUCAACAAGUUUCUGCAAAAAAUGUAACAGCUCUUGACAAUCAACAACAGCCAGUAGAAAAUCAAUUGGAUCCCACCUCAACAAGCAUUUUCAGAUAUGAUUCACCAAACAGAUCGUUACUGAUUCAUUCGUAUCUCAACAUAUCUGAGGCCGAGAGAAGAUUAUUAGUAAAGUUUGAAAAUGAUAUAGUUAAGAAUGAGGAUGCAAUCAAUUCAAUUAAAUCUUUGAAACCGGAAACACAAGAAAAGUAUCUUUAUCAAAUUAAAAGAUACAUUAGAUUCUGUGCUAAUAAAGGUCUUGAUAAUUUUAUAGUUACUGCUGAUUUAGCUAAAGAAUUAAUUGUUAGUACAUUAUCUAAAAAACGAGAUAAAAUUAGUGAGAAUACUGUGAAAAGUAUUAGAUCUCCAUUGAAUAAAUUAUAUUAUAUGAACAAAUUAAUUUAUUCGACACAACAGCCAAAUAUAGUAUUAGGAGAUCAAUUCAUUCAAGAUAUUAUGUCAAAUCUAAAUAAACUAGAAAAAAGUCCAGUUGGUGGCUCUUCUUCAACAAAUUUACCAUUGGAACAAACAACAGCCACGGCAACAACAACGUCAACUGAUACUGGAGAUAACUCAAUGUCACAGUCUAAAAGGUUGUUGCCUAAUACAGAUGAUACUGAAGAAAUCGUCACCCCUUCGAGCUCAAGUUCAGGUUCUAUUUUUAAAUUAAGUGAAUCGACAAAACAUAAAUUAAAUAAAGGAGAAUUGGAUUUGUUAAAGAAGUUCGAUCAAGAAGUUUUAGAAUCUACAAAGACAAAGGGUUUAUUAGAUAAUUUAACAAUGAAUACGUUUAAAGCUUAUGCAACUGAUAUUAAAAGAUUUGUCAGGUUCUCUGCUAAACAAGGUAAAGAUAAUUUUCUCAUCGACCAAGAUAUUUUAACAAAUUUUUUAACUUACACAGUUAACAAAACUAAAAAAAAUAAUUUAAAGAACUUAAGAACAAGUUUGUUAAAACUUCAUCAAUUAAAUUGUUUAGCUUAUGAUUUAGAUUAUUCGGAAGGUGAAAUUAUAUUUGUUUUGAAUAAAUUUCUAGAAUCAGUUGACCUUGAGCAAUCAAUUGAGCCUAAUGGUGAAACUGUUGCUGAAAAAAGGUUACUUGCGAAAUUAGAAGGAAUGUAUAAAACAUCAAAUGUUUUAAGUGGCUUGUCAGUAUCAAAUAAACGGUUGUAUGUUUCAGAAUUUAACCGCUAUGCAUCAUUUUGCAACAGGGAAGAAAAGUUAGAUAAUUUUAAAUUGACAGGUGAUUUAAUUAAAGCUUAUUAUGAAAAGGAUAUUAUAUUAAAAACACCAAACAUUUCAGUCAAAAAGUUACAAGAGAUUUUAACAAGACUUAAAAGAUUACAUGUUUUGAAUGUUGAAAAAUUUCCUGAUUUGUAUUCUGAAGAUAUUGAAAACUUUGAGAUAGUUAAGGAAUUUUUAAAAGAAUAUGAAAAAACUCAUAAUCCUACAAAUAGUACAUCAAGCGCAAGUGACAAUGGUGACGAUGGUCCAAGUACAAAUUCAGGUGCUUCUUCUUCAGUUUCUUCAUUAGGUGCAAAUGUUCCACCUUUAAUUUUCACAAAUGAUCCAGAUCCACCAGCUUUACCACAACCUGCUCCUGUAACUCUGUCAGUAUCUGAUCAAAGUGGUGAUAGUAAUCAUACUCAAAGUUUAAGAAAACCACUGACUUCAAAGGAUCAAAAUUAUUUGAGACAUAGAGGUGUUAUGCCAAAUUAUGCUGAAAGCAGUGUUGGAGAGAGCUCAAGCUCAAGUGGUAGUUAUAGAAUAGAUGAAAAUGUUGAAUCUGAUGAUAAUAAAAUAACUGAUGAAUUAAUUACCAAACGUCAAAAAGUUGAUAGUCUACCAGAGACCAAUAAAAAUAUUCCACAAUUUGUUAUGAAUAGUAAUAUUAAAACUGUAACACAAUUAGUAGAAGAAUGGUCAUUAAUUUUAAAACGUACAGAGAAAUGGGGAUUAGAUUGGAUUAAAGAUUUGACUGAUUUUCAAUUAUACAAUAGUCGUAAAACAGUUGCAGAUUUUUUACAAGGACUUUUACCAAUUUUAAAUGAAACAGCUGAAGGUAAAUCAUUUAAUCAAAUUGAAGAUGAUUUAAUAUAUGAGAUUGCAAAGAUUUUUGAUCAAUACAUGGACAGAAUGAAAAUCAAUUUACCAGAUUUAAUUAAUAAAAUUGAAACAUAUCCGGUAUACACAAAAAAAGAAUUUUCAAGAAUAUUAAAUAGAAGAAAACAAUAG